AGUACAUCUUUUUAACUGAUUCUUCAAGCCUUCAAGCAUUUUCUUUUGCUCAGCUGAAAUAAUAUUGAAUUAUUUUACAUAUUUUUAUAGGUCAAAAUGAUAAUGGCAACAAAUCGUCCUGAUGUUCUUGAUCCUGCACUUCUUCGCCCGGGGCGGCCGGACAGAAAAAUUGAGAUCCCAUUGCCAAAUGAGCAAUCAAGGAUGGAAAUCCUCAAGAUUCAUUCUGCUAGAAUUGCCAAACACGGUGAAAUUGACUAUGAAGCUGUUGUAAAGCUUGCAGAGGGAUUUAAUGUGGCUGAUCUUCGAAAUGUUUGCACUGAGGCUGGAAUGUCAGCAAUCCGAGCAGAACGGGAUUAUGUCAUCCAUGAAGAUUUCAUGAAGGCUGUGCGGAAGCUGAAUGAAGCAAAGAAGCUUGAAUCUAGUGCCCACUACAGUGCUGAUUUUGGAAAAGACUAGCAUUGUGUCAUUUCACUUUCAGAGCCAUGGAUGUUUGGGCAGUGCAUCUUGUUCCAUCUGUCUGGAAAUGUGCUACCUACUGCAUAAUUGGACACUCCAGACAUUUGUGCCUUUACCAGUCUGGUAUAUGGGAUUUAGCUUGUAUCCAUCUAAACAAGGAAAUGAUCAACCUACUCAAAAUGUCAUGACAGUGUUUUCUUUAUUUAUUUUAUUGCUAAUUUUGCGCUUGAAAGGAAGAACAUUGUGCUUUAUUUUCUUAGAGUCAUGUUUUUGAAUCUCCAACCAAUUGUUGUGCAGAAUAUCAGCUACAACUAUGCAGUGAAAAUGGAUUAUUCAUAAUGGCUUUAUUUCACUUAGGAUGUAAUGUGGAGAUUGGAUUAUUUAGGCCACUGAAAAUUAGAUAGCAUCUGAAUUUGGUUGAA